AUGCUUGAUCAGAAGUUUUUCUAUUAUUGGUCCAUGAUUUACAAAUUUAUGGAAGGGUUUCUUGUUCUUCAUACUGCUGAUUUUGAUCCUAAUGCAUUGGAACUAGCUGUUUCAACAUCAGAAGCAUUAACAAUCCACGAGCGUGUCGGAUAUGCAUUCCAGCAAAUUUACCGGAGUGGGUUGCGCACUUGGGCUGACCGAGUUCUUGGGAGGGAGGUCAUGCUAAAAUUGUUUUCUAAAGAAAGAGAUGAAAGAUUGAAACACCAUCUCAUGGCUUCAAAGGAGCUUCAUCCAUCUUUAAUAUCUGCCCAGAGUGAAUAUAAGGUUUUGUUAAGCAGAUUAUGGGAUCAAAAGUUAGAGAAAACACCAUCUACCCCUAACAUCCAAAAGGAAUCUUCUGUAACUGUAAACCCAUCUUCCACCAUGGUUAGUGGGCCCAUCCAAGAUGAGUCCAUGCCUACACGGACUUCUAAUUGGGCCUGUGUUCUUGAAGCAGCAGCCCAAAGAAGGACAGAAGUUCUUCAACCAGAGAAUCUUGAAAACAUGUGGACUAAAGGAAGAAACUAUAUGAAGAAAUCUCAAAAGAAUUCUACUUCUUUCAGCAUAAAAGGUGGAAUCAAUGAAAAUUUGAAUCCUGAUAUAGGAAGUGAUCAAUAA